GGUGGGAACCGUGGGAUCUAAGGAUGCCGAAAGUAGUUUCGCGGUCUGUAGUUUGUUCGGAUACCAGAGACCGCGAGGAGUACGACGAUGGCGAAAAGCCACUGCACGUGUAUUAUUGUCUAUGCGGGCAGAUGGUGUUGGUUCUAGAUUGCCAGCUCGAGAAACUUCCCAUGAGGCCAAGAGAUAGAGCAAGAGUUAUAGGUGCAGCAAAACAUGCUCAUAAGUUCUGCAACACUGAGGAGGAGGAGCCUGUGUAUUUGCGCAGGUCAGAUGGCAUUGAACGACAAUACAGGAAAAAGUGCAGUAAGUGUAGCCUUCUUCUCUUCUAUCAACACAGCCAAAAGAAUGCGGCGGCCACUUUCAUAGUGAAUGGAGCCCUUGUCAAGUUUGGACAAGGUUUUGGGAAAACAAGUAUUUAUACUCAAAAACCAGACCCACCAAAGAAGGUGAUGAUGACCAAGCGUACAAAGGACAUGGGUAAAUUCAGUUCUGUCACUGUAUCGACAAUUGAUGAAGAAGAGGAGGAGAUUGAAGCAAGAGAAGUUGCAGAUUCCUAUGCCCAAAAUGCCAAAGUGAUUGAAAAGCAGCUGGAAAGAAAAGGAAUGAGCAAGAGGAGGCUGCAGGAGUUGGCUGAGUUGGAAGCUAAGAAAGCCAAGAUGAAAGGGACGCUAAUUGACAAUCAGUUCAAAUAGAGGAGGCAUCGGCCCUGAGACUGCCAGUGUAAAAGGCCAUCUUUCCUGACACUUUUUAUUGCUAAGAAGAACUGUGAUUUUUUUUUUUUUUUUUUUGCUUAAGCUGUUUUAUUGUUUUUAUACAGCAAUAAAGACAUGGAAAGAAUGUUCAUGACAGUGAUCAAAUAAUCAUUGUGAUACAUAGUUAUGUUGUGUUAUACAUCUCUACUAUUUAUGCAUACAUGUUGCAUAUUUUUAUAAACGAUUACUGGGUUUGUCACUGUCAGAUUAUAUAUCAAACAAUAUAAUGAUAAAAAAAAGAAAUUAAAGAAAUAAC